UCGCCCAGCCUGCGGACCCCCAUGUUCGUGCUCAUCGGGAGCCUGGCCACGGCGGACCUGCUGGCGGGGCUCGGCCUCAUCCUCAACUUUGUUUUCCAGUACGUGAUCCGGUCCGAGACGGUCAGCCUCAUCACCGUGGGAUUCCUCGUUGCCUCCUUCACGGCGUCCGUGAGUAGCUUGCUGGCCAUCACGGUCGAUCGCUACCUUUCCCUCUACAAUGCCCUCACCUACUACUCAGAGAGGACUGUGCUGUGCAUCCACACCAUGCUGGUGGGCACCUGGGGGGUCUCCCUGUGCCUGGGGCUGCUGCCGGUCCUGGGAUGGAACUGCCUCCACGACUACGCCGCUUGCAGCAUUGUCAGACCCUUGACCAAAAGCAACGUGACUUUGCUGUCUGCAUCUUUCUUUCUGAUUUUUAUCAUCAUGCUCCAUCUCUACAUUGAAAUCUGUAAAAUAGUUUGCAGACAUGCCCAUCAGAUAGCUCUCCAGCAACAUUUUCUGACUGCAUCGCACUAUGUUGCUACCAAAAAAGGAGUGUCUACCCUCGCUAUAAUCCUUGGGACUUUUGGAGCAAGCUGGCUACCUUUUGCGAUCUAUUGUGUAGUCGGAGAUCCCGACUACCCUUCUGUGUACACUUAUGCCACACUUCUACCUGCUACUUACAACUCCAUGAUCAAUCCCAUCAUUUAUGCCUACAGAAAUCAAGAAAUUCAGAGGUCCAUGUGGGUUCUCUUUUGUGGCUGCUUUCAGUCUAAAGUGUCCUUUCGUUCCCGGUCCCCUAGCGAUGUCUAAGUGACUUUUCUCUUUGUAGUACUGCACAAAGUGACAAUCUACUUAGUGAAAUAUUACAGUGCCUGUUAUAAACUUCAACCUAUGUUGUGAAGUCAUUGAAAACAUGCUUAAAUAUUAGCACUUUAUACAUGUUUGUAUCUUUGAGAGUGUUCAGGGUAUGGAGUUUUCAGUUCCGUGAAAAAAAGUGGUUGUAUAUAAAUUUGCACAUCCCAUUUGUAAAGUGAAGACAUUCCAGUACCGCUUAAUUAUAGCACCUUAUUUCUAGCUGCUGACCUGCCAAAACAGUGUUGCCAUUUUGAAGGGUAGAGAGAAGGAAAGUUGUAUUUGUGUUGUAUUUGUGCGUGUGGAGGGGUAGGGGGCGUGUGUGUAUGUAUGUAUGUAUGUAUGUAUGUGUGUAACUAUACUUUGCUGCAUAAUAUUGAUAAAUUAUAAC